UGGUCGUCAAUGAUAAUCGCUCAGACCAAGAUGGCAGCUGCACCCGAUGACGACCAAGGGGACGCCAGUCGACAGGACCGGAAGCUGCAAGAGUUGUUCCGCGGCCGAUUUUCGCUUCAAGAAGCGAGGGAGCUGAUAGUGGCCAAGGGUGGAUUAGAGAAAGCUGCUCUCUUUGUACUCAACGGCAAUCCAGAUGAAGUCACAGCCUUCAUUCUUCAUCGGAGAGAUGUAAGUGUCACCAGUGGCAACCACAAGUUUACUUUCAUGUUUCUUUUACCACGGAUGUCGCUGUGUGGUCGACUGUACAGUGAGUGGAUGUUGCAGGCUCUGAGGGACCUGAGAGAAAUCAGUGCAACGCGCGUGAAACAAGAACUGACCAGUGGUGUCAGCGCCUCCAUCCGACUCUUCGCCUGCGGAAACUGCAACAGAUACUGGUGGAGAAAGGUCCCAGAAAGGAAAGAGGUAUCUCAGUGUCAUCAAUGCGACGUGAAGUAUGACCCCGUGCCCCGGGAGCACGAGUGGGGGCUGGCGGUGUUUGAGUGUGACUGCAGCAACACCUUCAUCUCAACAGGUCUCAUGAAUGAAACAGUCCGUAGUGUUUCAAAUGCAAGAAGGAUGUCCCCGAUGCGCGAGUUCUUGCGCAGGGAUCAGACUAUUUUCAGACAAGUGUACUAUCCAAGCAGAGUGCAUCAUAGCACAGGCUCCACUGUAUCCACCUGUCUCACCCAGGGUGACCUACAGGAAAAUUACAACUUCCCCAUCGUCCUCCUGUGAUAGGUGAAGAAGAUGGCAGUGAUGAUGACAACAACGAUAACAACUGAUGCCCCCGUGAGCAUCUGGUUGUACAGCUUCUUUGCCUUAUCACUUCUUUAACAACCUAGGUUGUACAGUCCGUACCAUUUCAUCUUCUGUCAACCUCAUGUUAAGAAACCAUCGUUGUUUCUCAUUUAAUCUUUUUAUUACUUGACAUCUGUU